AUGGCAAUUAGUGUUGCUCUUUGUUCUGGUUCAUAUUUCACAUAUAAAAAGCUAACGACCGAUAAGAGUUUGAGACUCAUUACUAAUCCAGAACAGUCUGCUUUAGAAGAUGUUCUACAACAAAAAGAGAACAACGACAACUAA